UAAAAUCCCUCAUUAUUAAAAUCACUCAUCCAAACGACCCCUAGGCGAGUUCCACAUCGAUGAAGCUCGAGAGAUAUCCAUGGUUCAUAAGUAGGAAAUCGACUUUAGUUGACAAGACACAUUUUGGGGUUAAAUGGAAGAGUUCUUGUGAGAACUCUGAACACAACAAAUUUUAAGGUUAAGAGAUCGAUUCUCCAUCGAACGAAUUGAUGCUUCUCUCCAAUGGCUAAGGAGCAGAAGACAAGCACUAGCUUUGUGGCAAACUUGAAUAGUAAAUCUCCAACUUCAAAUUAUUCGAUGGUGGUCUAGACGACUUUGGGAGUUUGGAACAUCUCAGUUAUGUUGAGCGUCUAUCUAUUUCUUCUUAUCAUGUUUAGCUAGGGACAUUUAAUACUGAGUCAUCAAAUGUUUCAACAUCACACAAUAAUGUAGACCUGUUGGGGGAAUGAACAGGGGCCGGCCCAUAAGGGAGAAGCCCAAAGUAAGUUAUUAUGGACCAGAGGCGUGGGCCCAACCAACAAGACUGAGAAAGCCCAUGGGAGCAGGAACCUUGGGCUGAAGGGCGCCCGGGCCUAGGCCUAGGUGGCUGAGAUAGCGUGUGAGACAGGUGGGACCGGGCACCUGGCGAGGGACAUAUGAGACAAAGGCAGCCAACGGUCGGAAGUGUACGAAAAGCUGAUCAGGUGAUGUCAUGCGCCUCCAACCUCUGACCGAAGUGUCAGAUGGUCGAGGCGCAUGGUCUAGGGGUGUACGGCGCAUUUAUGGCGGGUCUGACACAGGGCGAGAGCGACGUGUACCGGUCGAUCUUGCCCCGGGUAUAAAUAGUCGAGUAGGUAAACCUCAUUUACUCAGUUUUUCUUCUCUUACUAGAACUGUUCCUUCACUUCUCUCUCUAAAAAGUAGGUUCUUACUUGAGCGUCGGAGUGCUAACGGACCAAUUCGGUCCGCUAGGCGCUUGUGUGGGUGCAGGGAGGCGGCUGUGUAAGCUGACGAAGGAGCCAGAGGUGCGAAGCGUAAGAAGGGGGUUACUAGGCAUAAACAAUUGGCGCGCCAGGAAGGGGAAUAUAACCCUCAAAGCGUAUGGAGGUUACGGGAUUAGGAGAGAAGGAUAGAGGGGCUGAACCUCAUGAUCAGGGGACAGAAGUGACAAAAGAGGCGGAGGAGCAUGAUGGGAAAGGGAGCCCGAGGAUCGAAGAGAGCGCGCAAGCAGAAGGUGCCGCGCUCACAAAAGAGGAAUUGCUUCAGAUUAUCGAGAGCCAAGAUCACGCGCUCGAGAUUUUGAAGAAGGAGGUCGAGGCGCUCAAGAGGAAUGGAGGCGACCCACACACGCCUGGAUCGAAGAGAAAGGAGCGGGACGAAGAAGGGGAUGGAGCGUCCAGCCUUAUGAGGCGCACAGAAGAAAUGGGGCACCUGACCCGACACUUGGAAUCAGAUUAUGACGACUACAACGGAUGGGCACAGAGGCGUGCAGGAAGAGGCUGGGGAGUUCGACAGCCCUUGGCCAGGAGCAUUCUUGCCGAGUCGCCGAGCUCAGUCAUACCAGCGUUACCAAGCUAUGAUGGUACGAACGACCCGGAAGACCACUUGAACAAUUACUUCACGAAAAUGCAGCUGUACAGCAGCUCGGACGCCACGAUGUGUCGUGCGUUCCCUUCCACGUUCACAGGGGUGGUGCUAGACUGGUACCACCAACUGGAGGAGGGACGGAUCGACUGUUUUGAGCACUUUGCUUCCUUGUUCCUGUCAAAAUUCGCUAGUCGAAAGCGCAGGACCCUCACGAUAAGCGCCUUGUUCAAGGUCCGUCAAAGGGAAAACGAGCCACUUCGCGAUUUUUACGAACGAUGGAUGUCGGUAGCCAUGGCGGUGAAGGAUGUCAAGCCCCCUGUCUUGGGGUGUUGCCUGGAUGAGUGCACAACUAGUGAAGAGCUGUGUCGGGCGCUUUCCAAGAGAGACGUGACGUCCACUGAGGACCUUGAUAGGAGGGUACAGAAGGUCAUUAUGCUGGAGGAGACGCUUGCGGCUAGAAGAUUUGACAGGCGCAAGAACAAGACGGAGGAGGGAGAGGGAUACCGACCACAGGCGCCCCGCGUGCCAAUGGCGGCACCCAACGUGCCGUUCCCAGGGCGCAGGAUGGAAAACCAGAGGCCUGUGCCGAAGAGUGCGGGGAAUUUCACCGAGCUAAACGACACGCUGAAAAACGUGUUGCAGUAUGUGAAGGAUAAGGGUUACCACCUGAGGUGGCCUGGUCCCAUGAGGAGGCGCCCGAAUGAACAGAAUCUCGACAGAUAUUGUGAGUUCCAUAGGGAGCGGGGGCACCACACCGCAGAUUGCUAUCAGUUGAAGUCCGAGAUACAGGGGAUGGUAGACAGAGGCAUGCUGAACGACUUUGUGAAAAAAGAUGAUCGAACGCAGAGGACAUUCGUAGCGCGGGAGGCGCAGGUAAAGGCGCCUGAUGAAAAGCCGGAGGCGGCAGACGGCCAUCCCAAGGAAGGAGCUGUUCUACCCCCACCCCAAUUCAACGUAGAGCAGGAGGCGAACCCGAACCGCGUAAGAUUGACAAUUGAGGCCAUCACAGGCUCCAUAGACUUGAGGCAGAAGUUGGAGGAGGGAAGGCGCCUGAAAUCGGCCACCGCCAGCGCGCGCGAGGCCAUCCAGAUACGCUUCAAUGAGGUGCCCGAAGAAGCAUGCCGAACGCCUUCCACGGAGGCGCUGGAAAUCCGGGGAGUGGUGGCCGGAUGCGAGGUCAAAAGGAUGUUGGUCGACACCGGAAGCUUCAUGGACGUGUUAUUUCUUUCCACGUUUGAGAAAAUGCAGUUAGCGCCUAGUAUGGUGACGCCAGCGGACACGGUGCUCAUUGGGUUCUCUGGGGCACCUGCACAAGUUAUCGGACGCGUGCGCCUUCCCGUGACCUUGGGCGACGAGGCGCUUUGUGUCACGCACACGGUGGACUUUGGCAUAGUCGACUGCCCUUCACCAUACAAUGCAAUCUUGGGGCGCCCCUUGCUGGCACUCUUCAACGGGGUGGCCUCCUCUUGUCACCAAGUCCUAAAGUUUGUCACCUUGGAGGGCAUCGGGAUAUCGAGGGGUGAGGCCUCUGCGGAAGCACGACUCGCCAAGAGGAGCCGGAUGUAUAAUAUUGACACGCGGCCUGAAGACUUGCCAAGGGCCGAGGCGGCGGAUGAAGAGAUACAUGUGCCCCGACGCCUUGGGCACUAGCACUACGUUGGACAGCCAAGUGAUGUAUUUGGCCUCGUCCACGAAGUCUGCCAGAAAAACAGCCUUCGUAGUAAAUUCUAGCCUUUUGUUUGAAGCCUUAAAGAUUCAAUAUUUCAUCCAAUGUCUUGCCUUUGUAUAAAAAAUACGUAAUUUAACGUGGUAGAGGCCCCUGGACUUGACUCGCAUCCAUGCUUCUCAAAUUGAGCUACAAAGUAGGCUUGACAAACACGUUGCCAGACUUACCAUUUUCAGACAGUUUCCCAGUUUUGGCAUAGCCUUUUGGUCAGGUUCAAAAAUGGUCUUCUGGACUUUCUAUUGAGCUCCCAAGUACUUUAAUGUGUAGAGGGACACUUCAGCUUCAAAACAAGCUUUUAAUCUCCAAUUUUCAUCUAGCCAAUUAUAAGAUAUGAAUCUCCAAAGUAGACACCAUGAAACUGUUUUUUACACUGAAACAACAGAUUAGGUCGACCUAAUCCUAUAUGAGGUCGACCGAAAAGUGCAUGUCACCGUAGCAAAGUCCUUAAUUGGAUUAUUAGCUUGAAAUUCUAAGUCUCGGAUUUAGACUUAAACUAGAUACUAUCCGUAGUUUAUAUUCACCUUCAUAUUAAAAUAGUUUUGAAUAUUAAUACCAAUAAAAAGAAUUAUUUUGGUGGCUAUAUUUUACAUUUUGGAGUCAAAUAAACUCAUUUGGAUCCAUGCAAAUCAAACCUACUUCCAACAUAACCCAAAUUUAAAACUAAUAAUAAUACAUUUAAAUCUACUUGAAUCCUACCCAAAAUCACAACCACGUCAUGACUCAUGAGUCAUGUUACUCCAUGAAUCAUUACCUUGUAAUUCCUAGUAGAACGUAUGCACUUAUAAAUCUAGAUGCUAGUAUUAAUAUAGAUUCUUAAGUGUUUGGUAGAGCCCCAUACUUAUCUAGUUUGGAAAGACUAGAAAACUAUUGGGGGGAACGUAUGGCCGCAUCCGACAGGCGAACAUUGCUAAUUCUUAUUGGAUCUGAACCCUCUUGUGUUACCGGAUAAUCAUUAUCUCCCAAAGAGACGACAAUCAAACUGGACGCUUAGAGACCAAAACAUUCAUAUCAGUUUCCAACAUGAGGCUGAUGGCUGAUAAUUAGAGAAGGUAUUGAGGAUUCACAAAUUAUCAUAUCUAAGGCAAUUCUCAAUUCAAUCUAUCUACUUAAUAUCCAACUAAUCCAAUCCAAUCCAAUCCAUUUAAAUUUAAUUUCAUUUUAUCCAAAUUCAAUUGGAUUGGUGGAUUCAUGGAUUGAUCCAUGGAUCCAAAUGACAAAUUACUAUUUAAUACUCAUACUUUUUAUAUUUUACAUUGUGGUACCUACAAUUUAUUUUUUAUGCAAAACUUGUCAUUGAAAAAUUACGUUUUGAUAUCUAAAUUUUUUUAUUAUGACAUUUAGUAACUAAAAUUUUCAAAUUUUACAUUUUGGUCCAAAGAUUGGAUAUCAUUUGAAUCCAUGGAUCAAUCCACCAAUCCAUUUGAUCCAUUGAUCCAGCAAUCCAUGAAUCCAAUUCACUUGUUACCUCUAAUCUAAACUAAUUUCCAAAUUAACCUGCAUUUUUUAUUAUCUUAAAUUACUUAAUAACAUCAUCGAAGCCGACGAAUACGAACAUACCUCCCUUCUAAAGAGGAACACAAAUCACAUAAAAAAGCAUUGAAAGGCUAAAAGCCUUUCAAUGCCAGUAAAUUAUAUAAGUUUUA